AUGGAACAACUUCCCGGUAUACCUACCUCUUCCCGCCGCCGCCGCCAUCACCACCAUCCGUCCGCCGAUAGAUUCCUGGGCAUGCUGCAACCGCCACCGUCCUCCGGCCCCACACCCCCACUCGAAAUCUCCGAGCACGAUAUCUUCAACACUCCUUUAGAAUGCCCGCCCCCAUCCCCGACCCGACCGAUCGACAAUUCGGAUCCGAAACCCACCCGAAGCACCAACCUCAAACACUACGGCAUCCUAGCCGCCUUAACCAGCAACCACGGGAAUCGAUCUGUGGCCGGGCCGAAUAGCCGGCCCCUUUUCAACCACAAGGCGUCCCCGGGUGCGCAGGGCCUAUCGAUCCCGAAACCGCCCCCGAUUCAAGGGGGCAGCGCUAGGUUUCGUCCUCAAUCGGCGCCGGUGAAUAUUCCGGUGAUGCCGGCGGCGAUGCGGAGGAGGGCUUUGGAUCUGGAAGACAACGUCGCUGAACGGGAAGAGAACGCGGACGAGAUGAUAUUGCCGCCGCACGAGGUGGUGGCUGCGAGGCAUAUGCCGCGGGCGGCUUGCUCCGUGAUGGAGGGUGCUGGACGGACGUUGAAAGGGAGGGAUCUCAGGCAGGUGCGCAACGCCAUUUGGCGAAAGACUGGUUUUAUUGAUUGA